AUGGAAGAGGUGUCUGCAGAGCUUAAGAAGAAGGAGGUUUCUCGCAUGGAUGUAGUCUACGAAUAUUCCAAGCGGCAAUGUGCACCGGAGUGUCAAGGUUCGUGGUUUGAGUGUGCAACUCAGGUGCUCGACCAGAACGGUGUGGAACCAGUCGAAUUUGCUAGCUCUGUGCGUGAACUUUUAACAAACGGCGUGGUAAAAACCGCAACCUAUUUAUCACUGGCCCAACAAAUUGCGGCAAAACAUUCCUUUUGAAACCACUACAAACUAUGUUCAACACCUCUAGCAACCCUGCUAACGACAAGUACGCUGUUGUGGGCGUAGCGGACGCGGACAUAAUUUUCCUAAACGACUUUCGAUGGGACAGGGAAAUGAUACCAUGGAAGGAUUUGAUGUUGUUAUUGGAAGGCCAGCCGGUGCACUUUCCUACGCCGAAGAACCACUACAAAGAUGACAUUUAUCUGACACGCACACCCCAAUUUUUGCAACGGGUAAAGCUGUUACCACUUUCAAAGGUCCUUACAAUGCUCGCCACCCGGCCGAAGAUGAAAUGAUGGCGAGUCGAUGGAAGGUUUUCAAGUUUUUCCACCAAAUUCCUUUGAAAGAUCAAAGAGAAGUGCUCUCGUGCUCAAUAUGUUUUUCGAGGCUGAUUUUGAGUUGAGAUAGACAGUUUUUCAAUAUGUUACCUAGACUUUCCAAAGUCCGCGGUUCGUGGUUCCUGGAAGCGACGGACUUUUGUCACCGGCAAGCGCGCCAAAUUCACCGGUGCAUUUUUGCUCCGGUGACGUCAGUGAAUGCUCAUUAUUACUAUGAGGACAACGGCCAUUGGAAAUGCGCCCGUGGGUGGCUGCAAAAUAUUUUAGCUCCUCAGUUUUUAAAGAUUCCGUCGUUUAUUUACUAUUUGUCGGUUGGAUUUAACUGAUACUUAACUGAUACGAGAAGAAUUUGUCUUAAUGCCUCACAACAUGCUGGUUUAUUCGAGAAAUAUACUUAUUUCGAUCUCAAAUCUUGGCAAGUUGACGUAUAAUCGUUUAACGGGACAUGGAUCAGUGAAUCGGCAGCUAUCAAGCGAAGUCUUGAAAAAACUUAAGUUCUACGGUAUAUUGAACCUUGUAAGAGGUCAACGAGGAGGUAAUCAUCUAAGACACUCUAAUGGUAUGUUUAUUCGCAGUAUAGAACCGGUUGCACGACGUAAAGGACAUGUUUUAUCAAAGCAAUACGGUGUAAACCGAACGAACUUAUUACAUAUUCAAGUUUCGGCUAAAAGAACAAUUAACGGCACUGAAGCUGAACAAAACCAUAAUAGCUAUUAUUCCAAAAUGGAAAAAAAAAUGUUUCCCCGGUCUAGUUUGAUGAAUGUUCGCUCAUUAUUACCGAAGAUCGAUGAACUCUCCGCGCGCAUAUCUUUCCAACCUACAAAUGUUAUAGCUAUUACAGAGUCUUGGUUAAGUGAGGACAUUGAUGAUAAUUUACUCUCUAUCGAAGGUUUUAACAUCUACCGAAAGGACAGAGCCUUUGGUCGAGGUGGCGGUGUUUGCGUUUAUAUAUCAUCCGAUAUCCCCAGUAAAAGAAGGCUAGAUCUUGAAAAUGCAGCGUUUGAAUGCUUGUGGAUCUGGCUUCGCCCAACUCGCCUUCCUCGCCCUUUGUCAGGCAUAAUGUUGGGAGUUGUUUACAGUCCCCCGGGUAUUUCCGCGCAGGAAGGGUCAGACUUAAUAAAACAUAUCAUUGACAGUUUAGACCAGAUUUGUUCAGCAUUUCCGGACUGUGGCAUUGUAAUCACUGGAGACUUCAACAUGUUAAACAUUGCUGACCUCCUUUCCAGUCACAAUCUAAAACAAGUAGUUCGGGAACCAACGCGUGGCAAUAACAUCUUGGACUUAAUAAUAACCAAUAUGUCCCACUUCUACAGCACUCCUACGGUAACUGCACCUUUGGGCAGAUCUGAUCAUCAUGUUAUCAAUUGGAGUAGAAAUACCGACAGUGCUGCUUGUUUGAUAAAGAAAGGAAUAACAAAACGUAAAGUGCGUCGCUUUACCCAGUCAUCGUGUGCGGCGUUUGGAAGAUGGUGCAGUGACCACGUAUGGUUUUCUGAUGUUCAGCAUCCCGAUUCUGCCACCGCUUUGGCUUCUUCUUUUACAUCUGAACUUAGCUCCGCCAUUGACCUCUUUUUCCCUACCAAAACCAUUAAGAUUCAUGCAACUGACAAACCAUGGAUGACGCCAAUGUUGAAACAGUUGAUUAUCCAAAGACAGCGUGCAUUCCACAGCGGCGACCGUGCAGUUUGGUUACAUCAUAGGGAUAAGGUACAAAGAGAAAUUUCAUCACAAAAGCAUACGUAUUACGCCAGGAAGAUUAAAAAUCUAAAAAAUAGCAACCCAAGGCAAUGGUGGAACUACAUUAAACAGAUCACCGGUAAGGAAAAGUCAACGCCUAAUUUUGACAUUACCAGCGAUGGGGUACCAAUGUCCGAUCUUGAGUUGUGUGGUAAACUAAAUGAGCACUUUUUAUCAGCCAGCGCUGACCUUCCUCCUCUCAACCUUGGUACUUUGCCUGCGUACCUUCCAGCUCCCGAACCCCCACCAUCUAUCUCAAUCGCACAGGUCUGUUUUAAACUGCUCAAAAUAAAGGCAUUUAAAUCCAACGGCCCUGAUUGUAUUCCUAAUCGAGUGCUUAGUCAAUAUGCUCAAGAGUUAGCUGAUCCGGUAGCCAAAAUCUUCAACAAGUCUUUAUUGCACUCUGAAUUCCCUAUACCUUGGAAAGAUGCUAACAUCGUCCCAAUCCCGAAAGCCCAACCGAUAACGUGUGAGGAUGAAACCCGUCCAAUUGCCCUCACUGCCACUCUGUCAAAAGUUUUGGAAGACUUCGUUGUUACCUGGAUGAUUGAUGAUGUCAAAGACAAAAUCGAUCCGAAGCAAUUUGGUAGCUUAAGGGGAUCUUCUACAACAUUCUCCCUUAUUGAUAUGAUUAACAACUGGUUGCAGGCACUGGAUAGCCCAAAACGGUAUCUACGUAUCUGUUUUUUGGAUUUCUCCAAAGCUUUUGACAGAAUCAACCAUAACAUUUUGAUUGCGAAACUCAUAGCCCUUGGAGUAAGAAGAUGUUUGAUCCCAUGGAUAUGUGAUUUCCUUUCAAAUCGUCGUCAGGCAGUGAAAAUUAAUGAGUCUCGCUCGGAGUGGGCUUAUGUAAAUGGCGGUGUCCCUCAAGGAACAAAACUUGGCCCUAUCUUGUUCUUAGUUAUGAUUAAUGAUCUGAAAAUGAAGUCCCUAAACUCCUCCAUUGGAAAUACGUUGACGAUGUAA